GGGCCGGAUUGUGAACGUCUAUGGCGGGUUUGGAUUCCUCAAACAACUUGGCAAUGAAGCCGAUGGUCAAGACAUCUUCUUUCGGGCAGCCGACGUUAUAGGCAUCAAUUGCCUCGAGCCCGGAAGUGCUUCGACCGAAUGCCGGGGUCUCGAACUGAAGCCCGGGGACAUGGGAUCUCCGUUCGAUUGCAUCUGCCCGAGAGGUUUGGAGAUCAACUUGAGGACUAGCUCCAAGAAGUUCUACAUCAAUCUCGAGGAUGAGGUGUCCUUUGUCAUGUCCAAGGAUACUGUGGGUGACCUGACUGGGAAGCCAUGCGCCGCCUCGGUGGUGAAGGAACGAAAGGGUGCCUGGAGAACAAAUCGCGGUCGACGACUUCCUGGCGUAAAGGAAAAGAAAGAAACCAUCAAAGAUCAGGUUAAGCGCUUGACGGCCAUGGACACAGAUCAGGUCCUACAGAAUGCAACGCUCUUUAAGGACAUCCUGGACAGUCCCGAGUUUGAAUUCUCACACCUGUACAAAGUCAUCACGAUGCUGGCGUCCAAGGAUUUGCUGGAAGACACCCGCUCAGAUCGGAUUUAUCGACUUUUUCUGGAGUCCAAUGCAAUGCAGGCAUGUCUUCGAACAACCAUCAUCAAGCAAGGGGCAGGCCGUCAUCAUGGAAACUUUCUGGAGGAAUGUCUGAAAGUGAUGGUUGAGAUUGUCAUGCGGAGCGCUGCGCCGAAGGAGCUUCGUGGCCAGCUACCGCUGGUUGAACUGGUGGAGGCCUGGGAGAACAGUGUGCGGAUCGGUUCGUCAGUGGCGCGCAAAGGACUUUCUGAUGAUGUGAUUACAAUGCUAAAGUGCUUGGAGAAGACCUUUCCCGAAGAGGUCUCACUGGGCAGGGUGCUCGGUGCCAAAGCACCCAAGAAGCAAAGAACAGUGGCUGAAGAUGCCGCCGAGAUCCUGGAAGCUAGCCACUACCAGGAAAUGCCCAUUCUUCCUACUUCGGCAGAAAUGCCUCGUUCUCGGCACAGUAUGUCAAAGGUGUAG